AUGAUCUACGCAGCUAUCGUGGGCACGGCUGCGCGGCUGCUGCUCGCCUGGAGCGGUGUCGGAGCUUUCCUUGCAUGGCGCAUCGAGGUGUCCACAGCAGCAAACAGCAACCUGGAGCUCCGUGAGGGCCUUGCUUUGCUACGCCUUGGCAUAUCACCCUACACUGGCUCGUCCUGCCGUACACCGCCCCUAGGGCUGUGGCUGUACGGCGCUCUGGCUGACCACGACUUUCUCUACGUGCUGCCCAACACUCUUCUCGACCUCCUGGCAGCGUCGCUACUCUACCUUCUGGCCAUGGACUUGCUCUCCGGUCCAAGGCGUGUCACAGACGAAAGCCGUGCGACACGCGUCGUCACAGGGGCUGUACAAGACCCGGAUAGGCGGGCCGCCGCUGCUGGCGUCGGUAUCGGCGUGGAGCCGAGUUGCGAGUCCUCCUCUGGAGCAUAUGGUCACAGCAGCGCCACUAACGGCCCGUUUGCAUUCCUCUUACAACCCACAGCAACCCCUAACCGUUACUACCCGUCGUGCGGCUCCCCUCCCAGUCCAGGCAGAGGCCUCCGUUCCGCCCUGCCGUCCGCCCUGGUCUGGACCUACCUCCUCAACCCCUUCACCCUGGCGGCCGCUGCGGGGGGUACGACAUCUCCCCUCGAGAACCUGGCGGUUGUGGCAGCGCUGUACGGCGCCUGUAAGGCACGGCCCGGGCUGGCGGCACUGGGCCUGGCGGUGUCGACGUACAUGAGCCUGCAUUCGGCGGUGCUGCUGCUCCCAGUCGCGUGUCUGCUGUCGUACGGGCCGGAGGACGUGGCCACCCCGCUGUGCGUGCUCCAGCGGAAAGUAUGUCGUACAACAGCUGACGGUUGUGGCGGCGGCGGUGGCGACGGCGUUGGCGGCGGUGUGGCUCCCGGGGGACGCGUUCGUGCCGACGGCAGCGACGGCGUAAUGGGCUCCUCGGGCCAGGUGGACGCGGGUUGUGGGCCAGCUGGGGGCCAUUUCGAAGGUCAGGAGAAACAGCAGCAGCAGCAGCAGCAGCACCUGCGAAAGGGUAGGCGAAAGCAAGCAGGGACUGUAAAUGUUAGAGAAGGCUGGAGGGCGGCGGAGGAGGAGGACGAGCAGGAGGAGGCGGACGAGCCUGCAGUCAGUAAAGGGACCGACAGGAAGUCCGCUGCAGGUGCCAGGUCGUCAGAAGCCAUCGCAGCUGCCGCAACGGUUGAAGAAGCAGAAACCGACAAUGAUGGUGAUGACGAUGAUGCAAGAGGACUCCUCCGCAGAAAUGGGGGAGGAGAAGCAAGGCGUCAGCAAGACAUAUUGGCGCGGUCGGCCUCGAUAUCACCGGGGCCUAAGUGUUCGAGCCCACCCUCAUGCCCAGAUCAGGGACGUCGGAAGCGGCUGCUGCCGCCGCCACCGCGUCCGCCGCGGCUGCUCCCCUGGAGACAGCUGCUGCAUUGUACGGCGUUGACGAUGGCUGUUCUGGCGUUCCUGGUCGCUGCAUCUGAUCUGUUCCUGCUGUUGGUUCCGCCGCCACCGGGCAUCGUGGUAACUUCUGACGGCAGCGGCGCCGGCGGCGGCAGCAGCAGCCGCGCGGCAAAGACGUGUAUCCUAGGCGCCGCGGAGCAGCUGAUGGCCCGUCAGUCGCCCGGCCCAGAAGCGGAGGCGGGCGCGGCGCUGCUGCGCGCUGCUGGUAGCUCUCUGGCCGCCUGCUGGGCUGUACGGGUGUACGGCAGCCAGAUCUUGUUGGACGACGCGACGCCCAACGUGGGCCAGUGGUGGUAUCUCUCCAUGGAGGUCUUCAACGACGCCAAGGCCUACCUCCGAAUCCUGGCGCAUUCGCUGCUCUUCGCCCUGGCGCCGCCACUCGCCAAGCGGCUGGGCGUGCGCCGCCCCCUUGCGCUCUUCCUGAUCCAGUUGCUCUGCCUUGGCUUCAACAAACCCUACCCUUCCGUCGCCGACCUAGGCCUGGCGGCGCCGAUGCUGCUACUGCUAGGUCGGCAGCAGCUGGCGGCGGCGCGGCUGCGGCUGCUAUUGCCGGCCAGCCUGCUGCUGCUGUGCGUGCUGGGCCCCGCUAUGCAGAACAUGUGGCUGUCAUAUGAGAGCGCCAACAGUAAUUUCUUCUACUCGAUCACGUUGUUGUACGGCGUUUGGCAGGUCGUACUGCUGGGCCAUGUAUUAGGUCUGACUUUGUGGAUGGAUCGGGUGCUCAUCCUCGACAUCCAGACCGCAGUCAUGAAGACCGCAGCUGGCGGGGGAGUACGUAGCGGUGCGUGCGUGGUGCUGGUUCCGUGUGUUGGUGUCCCGAACACAUGGAUCCAGCACGCAAUUGCCUAA